AUGGGUGUAAGCGAAACUCCUUUGUCAAAUGGUGACGAGAUGGAAGCAUAUGAAGAGGUUUCCUCCAUUGCAUUGGUUAAUGCAAAAGUUGAAGAAGAUACAGUGCUCAUUGUAUCAUCCUACAAUGAUUGUAUUCGGCCUCUUCUUGAUGUGAUUGAUAAGCUUAAGUUUCUCAAGGUUAGGACAUAAGGCAUACAAUUACCCACCAUAGUUGUCGUCGGCGAUCAGUCUUCCGAAAAAUCCAGCAUUCUCGAAUCACUUGCUGGUGUCAAUCUUCCACGUGGGCAGGGGAUUUGCGUACCAACUACCACACCCGAGCUUUUCUUCGAGUUUAAUGGCAAAACGGUGCCGACCGAUGAAACCCAUAUUGCAAAUGCCAUUAAUCUUGUUAUAGAUGAAAUUGUUGGCAAUGGUAAAGGCAUUUCCAACACUCCAUUAACUUUGAUAGUGAAAAAGAAUGGUGUUCAUGAUCUUACGAUGAUUGAUUUACCUGGAAUUACUAGGGUGCUCGUUCCUAGUCAGCUUGAAAACAUUUAUGAGCAAAUUGUAGGUAUUAUAAUGGAGUAUAUAAGUCCUGAAGAAAGUAUUAUUCUUAAUAUUUCAUUAGCAACUCUUGAUUUUUCGAUUUGUGAAUCAAUUAGAAUGUCACGACAAGUAGAUAGAACUGGUGAGAGAACUCUUGCUAUUGUCACCAAGUCUGAUAAGGCACCUGAAGGGUUGCUUGAGAAAGUUAAUGCAGAUGAUGUCAAUGUCAAUAUAGUGUUAGGUUAUGUUUGUGUUUGGAAUAGAAUUAGUGAUGAGUCUUAUGAUGAAGCCAGAAAAGAAGGAGCUAUACUCCUUGAAAAUCAUCCUCUUCUAUCCAAGAUUGAUAAAUCCAUGAUGGGUAUUCCGGUUCUUGCUCAAAAAUUGACUCAAAUUCAAGCAACCAUAAUAGCAUGCUUGCCUGAUAUAUCUAGCAAGAUUAAUGAGAAACUAAAUGUAAGCAUUUUAGAACUAAAUAGGAUGCCUAAGACUCUGUCAUCACCUGCUGAUGCCAUGAUUGCUUUCUUGGGCAUUAUUGGAUCGGCUAGAGAGUCCUUUAGGAAGAUCCUUGUAAGAGGAGAGUGUGAUGAGUACUCGGAUGAUCAUUGUAUGCAUUGCACUGCUAGAUUGGUUGAAAUGCUCAACGAAUACUCAAAUGAUCUCCAUCAUUGUCCUAAAAGUGAUGAGGCAGGUCUAUCCCGAUCAGCUCCACCAUCCGGUCAGGAGAGAUCUCUGUCCUCCAGUCAUCAUAUAGCUCGAUCGGCCGAAUGCCAAAGGGGAUCCUGGAGAUCACAAAAAAGUCCGCAGGGGUCAUUGUCAACUCACCCCAAGAAACGUGGAAAGUAUUGGUGGUGUCCCACCAUCUCUCGGCCAAGGCGCCCAGUAACUCCUUGUUGCUUGUGA